AUGGUGCAGCAGCCCUCCGACGACAGCUGCUGGUCCGCCGAGGACCCCAAGAAGGCGCACUCUGACGAGGCCGUCACAAUCGACGCAUACUUUUGCCGCAUCGGCGAGUUUGGCCGCUACCAGCGCAGCCACUAUGCCGUGGUGGCAGGUGCGUGGGUGGCCUGCGCCUGGAUCACGUUCAGCAUGGUCUUUGUCAACGCCAGGCCGGCGUGGUUAGCUGUCGCCGAAGGCACGACGACGACGCCCUGCGAUGAUCCGGACGCCUGGACGAUCGCCGACACCGCGCAGAGCGUGGGCGCCGAGUGGCGGCUCGUGUGCGCCGACGGCUAUCGACGGGCCAGCCUGGAUUCGCUCUACUUCCUCGGCUUUCUUAUCGGCGCAUCGGCGCUGGGCGCGGCGUCCGACCGGUACGGCCGGCGCAAGGCGUGCGCCGUCAGCGCCGGCAUCGCCGCCGGCGGGUCGCUCGCCAGCGCGUUCGCGCCGAGCUUCGGCGCGUUUGCAGUGCUGCGCUUCCUGGCCGGCAUCGGCGUGGGCGGGCUGGGCAGCGACUGCUAUGUGCUGGCGUCCGAGUUCAUCGGGCCGUCGUGGCAGAGUCGAACCGGCAACGCGCAGGCUGCCAUCUUCGCCGUGGGCGGCACGCUCCUUGCGCCGGUCGCGUUGUGCAUGCCCGGGUGGCGCUCGCUCGCCCUAGUCUCUGCGCUGCCCGCGGCGGCGUACGUGCCCGUCUUCUUGCUCGGCGUGGCGGAGUCGCCGCGCUGGCUCCUCGCACAGGGCCGCGCCGACGAGGCGGCCCGAGUGCUGCUGCGGGUGGGCGUCGUCAACGGCGCCACCGCGCAAGGCACGCCGCCACCCAAGCUCGCGACGAGUGGCGGAGGCGGCGGCGGCGGUGGAGCCGGGGCGCAGACGUCCGGUCGGGACGAGGCGGCGGGGGAGUUGCGGUCGCUACACGCCAACUUUGCACUCAGCGUGGCGGUUGAGAUCCCGGCUGACUUGCUCGCCGGCUGGCUGUGCGACCGCGUCGGGCGCAAGAUCACGCUCGCCGCCGCUUUUGGCGCGGCGGGCGCACUCUGCCUGAGCUGCGCCGUGCUACCCGCGAGCCUCACCGCGGGCGCCGCGAUGCUCGGCAAGUUUGCGAUCUCGGCGGCGUUCGCCAUCGUUUUCGUGUACACGGCGGAGCUCUUCCCCACGCCACUGCGCAACGUCGGCAUGGGCGUCUCGUCGAGCGCGGCGCGCAUCGGCGGCAUGGCCGCGCCCUCGGUCAUCCUCCUCGCAGACCUGCUCGGCGCGCGGGCGCCCAACGUCGUCUUUGGGAGCGCGGGCGCCGUGGCGUGCUGCGGCGUGCUGCUGCUUCCAGAGACCAAGGGCCGGCCGAUGCCCGAGACCGUCGCCGACUGCGACGACGCACGUGGACGCUCGAGCCGCCGGAGAAACAGCAUGAGCACGCGCAAGCUGCGCGUCGCGCCGCUCUCCGAGUCCGACGGCGAUGCGCCCGUCGACGAAGGAGCUCCGGUUGUGUGGUCCCCUGCGAGUGAGAGUUUUGGUACAACACAGCUCCAGCUGUCGAACUGA